GUCUUUUUGUAUGGGACAUGUAGUUAGCUGAGGUUUGUUUGUUUGUUACGUUACUGUGUUGCUGUUUCUCAUUUCCGCUUAAGCAUCCAUUCUGCUCUCAUCUGUACAGUAUUUACCUCCAACACGAGAUUACUGUGUGAAGAUCAGGACAGCAGGGAUGUCUCUGGAGCAGCUGAGUGAUGUGGUCCAGAGAUGUCAAGCCCUCCCUGAUGACAGCUACAGCACAGAGGAUCAUGACGUCUUCACCAUCGCAGGGCGGACCUGCAUCGAGGAGGGACACAGCGCUCAGGUGCUCAGUAUCGUCCUGGAUGACAAGAACCAGGACAUCGUGAGAUGUAUGGGUUGGAACCUGCUGCCUCCUCUGAUCCAAGUUCUUCUAAAGAAAGAAGACAAGAACCUUCCUGCAUGCCUGGCUAUUUUCAAUCACCUGCUACAGACCUGCAGGCCCAAAGAGCUGCUGAUUGGCCUGUGGGAGCAGCUAGAGCACGAUGACCCCGACACCAUAGCAGAGAGCCUUCAUCUGCUGUUGAACCCUCUACAGAAAGUGCUGCUGAGCCUGGGCAGCCGCAAGGCGUCCUCUCUGGGUAUGUCCCUGUCCUCUGUGCUCGACCAGUUGGCCAAACUGCCUCUACCUCACACCAAAGAGCAAGAGGAGGAUGACGUCUUCUCACUUUGUCGCUGCUGCACUGACCUGACCGACUUUGUCAGACCAUUCGUCCAGGAGGCCAAGCUAAACACCCUGAACCUUCAUGAGAGAAAAGAAAACAUGGCUGGUGAACCGGCUGCAGGGAAUGAGGACGAGCUGCGGACAGAGCUGCUGAAGUUCUGUAUGAAGACUCUGAGUCGCCCUCUGUUGGAGGUACAACUCAAGGAUCCUGACACUUUGGCGGUGUCUCCUCUCAGAAAUUUUGCCACAGAGAUUUUGAAAUCCCUCAGUGCCAUCGGAGAGUCCCUCCCUGAUCUUGUGUACCAGCCUCUGUUGAAGAGAAAGCAGGUUCUAGGAUUUCUGGAGGAGGAGGUGUGUUUUCCAAAAGAGUCUUUGGCCAGCCUGGCUCACCUUGUGUUUGUCCAUCACCUGACUGCUGAUACGUUCCCCAGUGUUUUCAGCCCAGUGUUCAGUCUGCGGUCAAACAUGGAGCACAUUAACCUCCUCCUCUCCAGAACUGAAGAGUCCAGGAUUCAGAAAGGACUGGAGCUGUAUGAGAAGAGUCUGGUGCGGGUGGAGGAUGGCAGUCUGCAUGCAGAUCUGCUGGAGAUCAAACCUUUCCUCACAGUCCCUCAGAACUUGGUGAAGGUCAUGACGAUAUGUCCAAAGCAUGAUUUGAGAACCAGAGGGCUGAAGGUGUUACAGCUGAGCAUCGAUAAGUUUGACACUGAAGCCAAAUACAAUUUUUUCCAGUACAUGUUGAAAACCAGUAAUCACUCAGGAGUUGAAGGCUAUGUCAUCAAAAACAUCAAGAAUCAGAUCGACAUUGCGCUGCAGCCAGGUAACAGUAACAUCUGGUUUGAGGGAGUUCACCUGCUGCCUCUGCUGCGUAAAGUCCUCAGUCUGCCAGACGGCCCAGAGACCGACCUCCUGCAGUACCUGGACAGAAUUAUGGAGUCUCUGAACGUGCUGCGCUACCUCGUAAUCCGAGACAAAGUGACAGAGAACCAGACGGGGAUCUGGACAGAGCUGUAUAAAAUAGAAGACACGUUCAUGAAGCCUCUACGUGUCGGUGUGAACAUGUCGAGAGCUCACUACGAGAGGGAGCUGUACAACACCAUGGAAACCAAGAGGGGCAAGGCCAAAGAGAACCCGGUGCUCUCCGUGUCUGUUGGUGACGAGAAGCUACCACACAUGACGUCGGAGUCGCAGAUUCAGGCUCUCCACUCGGCCCUGCACACAUUCGACAUGAUCGAGAGCGUGUUGGUGCGAAUAGAGGAACUCACCGAAGUGAAGGAGAAUCUUUAGUCUGAGCGUGAGAGCUGCACCAGCAGAGAUCUUCAUCGUCUCAGGGGCCUCCCAGCAAACACAAGCCUUCAAGUGUUUUAACUGUAUAUGUUGUGAAGGGAGCCGCAUUAUCUCAAACUGUUAGUACUGAACUCUGCUUUAGUUUUGUCCUUUCCACAUUUCAAGCUGUUUUCAGACAAUCUGCUGGGUGUUCAUGAAGUAAAGCAGACUUUAAAUAAUGCAGAAGUGUCUGUUAAAUAUUCAAAUGAUU